UUUGAAUUCUCGAAUUUUCAGGCAAUUCCCUUUGUUAUUUUUUGUAGUCCACUUAUUCUGUCCUUCGGGAAUAACAUUAGGAUCACUUCAAUUUUUUUUUUAAUAAUUUUUUUUGUCCCCCUUAAUCAAAAAAUUUUCAUCCCAUUUUCCAAUUUUUUUCAAUCCCUUUCGUCCAAUGAAAUUCCUAGUUGUAAAUGCGUUGUAAUUGGUUAUGUAAUUCUUGAAAUUCGUAUAAAAGCUCUGUACUUAUGGAUAUAGAUAAUUUUUUUCACAAUAUGGACGUCAGUAACGUGCAAAUUAGAGGCUCUGUUGUUCCUCACGUAGUCACAGAAACUGAAAAUGUAUUUUUGAAUACAUUGUAUCUGGUAGCGUUUCCAUCACUGGAAGCGUUAAAGAGCGACAUUAGAACUUAUGAAAUAGCAACGUACUGCCAUUUUGCGGUGAGAGAUUCUAAUUUCCAUGGAGAUCGGAAGCCGUAUAUUAAAUUUGUAUGUUGGAGAAAGAGCUAUAAAACAACAAGCGUUUCUUCGCAGCCGAUUAGACGAAGGAGGUAAAUUGAUUAGUGUUAUUAUAUUGUUCAUUGAGGACUUCAAUGGACACACAAUGUCCGGCCUUCAUCUUUUGUAAGUUUCUUGAAGGUUAUUGGACUGUUGUUCGUGGGAAUGUGCAUCACAAUCACGAGUGCAAUUCCAUGAGGUACGACUGUAACACAUGGAUGCGCCGAUUAACGGGAGCGGAAUUUGAAUCAGUGAAGCCACUGCUGAUAUCUGGAACAUCAGCAUUCAAUGUGAUACACUACGCUUACCAAUCAUAUGGGAAACGUCUUACAGCUCAAGAUGUUUUCAAUAUGCGUUACAAAGUGUUCUCACAGGCCAACCUUCCUGGUGAUUACGGUAAGUUGAAAAAUCACAUCACGUCACUUGGUGGCCUUUGUGAUUAUCAAUUGGAUGCAGAUCAUAGUCUGUUGUACUUCUUCUUCGCUACAGCAGACCAGAUCAAUCUGUGUAACAGGUUUUUAGAUGUUGUUGGUUUUGAUGGGACAUACAAAACCAAUAAUGAAAACAUGUUUCUUUAUCACGUGGUGGCUUUGGACAUGAAUUUCAUGGCAAUACCUGUUUGUAUUGCAUUUGUAAGUCGCGAAACAUCGACUUUGCUGUCCAGUUUCCUCUCGUUCUUCCGCCAAAUGAGUAACAAUAGAGAGGUUAUCGGUAUUGUUACCGACGAUUCACCUGCUAUAGCUGCUGCCAUAACGCAGGUGUAUCCCAAUUCACACCACCUUUUGUGCCGCGUGCACCUUCUUCGAAAUGUCAUCAAGAGGGUAAGCUUUCCUUUCUUUACAAAUAACCCAUUCAUCGUAUUCGUAGAGGCUACGAUCUGAUCUUCUUCAAAUGUUCUACCGUCUUAUGCUAACAAGAAAUGUGGAAAGCUUCCAACAGUAUGUGUCAUUUAUCGAAGCAGCAGACGGGAAUUUCUAUCAAUAUUUGAGAGAUCAGUUAUUGUCCAAAAAGCACAAGUGGUCGAACGCUUUUAGACCAGCUGCAAUGCUUCUAGAUCAAAGCAAUACAAAUUUCGUUGAGACGACCCAUCGAAUUUUAAAGUUGCAUAAGCUGAACAGAAAAACACCCGUGUUCAGAUCGAUAUUUAGUGUUCUGCUUCGCACUGGAUAUUGGAUAGAAGCUCGAGUUCAAAAGUACUCCACUGAAUGCUGUAGCAGGGCUGUGCUGGGUCGCGAGCCUCAACUACGUCGUCUUCAGGAAACACUUACACCUGCUGCAUGUAAACUGCUUAAGCGGCACAUGCGCAUUCCUGUUACUGACUACUACAGGAACUUACACAGUCUCCGAAAAUCCUAUUAGUUGUUCCUGUUUCUUUUAUGUAGAACACAGA